ACAAAUUACAUCAAAUACAGUAUCCCACAUACAUAGUAGUGCAAAACACCCCAAGCAUUUUCUAACCCCACAGUUGUGCAACAUGUCCAUCGAGGUAAGAAUAUAUUGAAAACCAAGCAAACCAAUAAAAGAAACAAGCUUGAAGGAGAAGUCCUUUGAAAAUUCUGCCAUUACUUAGAUUGGAAUGUAAGUCAGGCACACGUUCAAUAACACUGAGAGAAUGGGAGCUAAACGUUCACGUCAAUCUUUCUAUGAUAUGAUAAAAGAAUCUUCCAACACUAUCUACUACUUUUGUUUUGGAAAGGACUUCCCACCUCAACCAACUUUGAAAGAUUCACCACAACUACAAUUUAAGUAACAGAGUAUUACCUCCCAUCUUUCUUUCCCUAUAUGCAAAACAAUUCACUACCCCAAACACAAUAACAAUUUGGUUGCUCAAGGAUUUCUGAGGAAAUACUGAAACAUAGUUGCAGAUGCAAGUCUUAACUGCUGCAAGCACAACAUGGCAAGGAGAUCAGAUUUUGCGCAAAAGCUGCUGGAUGAUCUUCAUGUUCGGAAGGAUCGGAUGGCGGCACCAACAGAGAGCUCAAAUCGUUCAAACGCAAUGGCUAUAGAUGCAUAUGCAUAUUCCAAGCAAACGUAUAGAGGAUCAAGAAAUACAAGAAGCCAAGGAACAACUAGUUCCGGAACCGGGAACCCCCAGAGUAGGUCAACCGGAAGUAGUAGAACACCUGUUCGUCAAGAAGCUUUAAACCAGAUGGUUGCUUAUGGAAGAGAUGGGAGCUCAAGACAAACAAUAGAUCUCUCCAUGGCCUUGGCCUUUGCACUUGAGAAUGGAGCCACAAAACUUACCAGAACAAGUUCAUCAAGCAAAAGUUCAGUGAUGGGGUUUCUGAAUCAAAUUGGUGGGGGUUCUAGGGACUUUAACAAAAGGGACAGAAAGGGAAAUGUGAGCAUGUAUUGGGGUUCAAGUAGUCAGUUCCCUAACUUUUCAAAUUUCCAUAUAGAAGAAAUAUCCAGAGGGGCGCAGAAACUAAACCAGAUCCUCAGAGCUUGCUCUAAUGGUGUUAAUGUUGAUAAGGUGUCGAUAGAAAUUGGAAAGGAAUUGUUUAAAGGGGCAAUGGAUUUGGAAGAGUCCUUGAGAAUGCUUGUAAACCUGCAGGAAGCUUCAAAAUAUAUGACCAGUUCCCAAAGGAAAAGUCAGAUCACAUUGCUAGAUGAAGAUGAAGAUGAAGAUGAAGACAAUGAAGACAAAGUGCAAAAGCAACUGGAUCUGCCAAGGUUUUCCUUUGACAAAUCAACAAGACAUGCUCGUAAAAUCCAAGAAGUAGGAAGGACGGCCAUCAAGCCUAAGAUGGCAGCUCUGACUUACCCCACAGGAGGUAGUCUGGAUGAGAAGCAAGGCAGAGAGAUGGCAGCCUCAGUUUUUCGCAGGCAUUCAAUUAGCUAUAUUCCUGACAUCAAAAAUCCAUCAAAAUCGUCAGACCAGAAAGUGUCUAAACCAGAAAAGGAUAGGAUCCCAAAUGUUAUCGCAAAGCUGAUGGGCCUGGAAGAGCUUCCCAAAAAUGAAAACGUGAUUACCACUACCACUACCACACAGAAAGACAACAUUCCCAACAAAACAAGAGAAAGGGGAACUGCAACAGGGCACACAAUGCAAGAAACUGGUGUUAGGACCAAAGAUGGUGAGCAUUUGGUAUCCACAAGUAGACAGAAAGUGGCUGCAGGCAAUAAGAAUCCACUGCAGCAGAAAAAUACUGUUUUUCUUAUGCAAGCAGAAAAGGUCCUGCCUGCCAACAAUGUUGGCCUUGAGAUGGUUAUUCAUGAUGGAAAGCAGCCCUCUAAAGACUUGAUGGAGAAUAAACCUGUGACAAGAUCAGGAAAGGCAACAAAUAUAAGAACAGAUAAGCAGCCAAGUGCCCAACUCAAACAGAACAGCAGUAAAGAUAGCCGUGAAAGAGAAAGAACGCAGGAUACUAUAUGGUCUGGGGAACAAAUGCUGCAGAUAAGAAAACAACAAGGUACAGAACUGAUAUCUAAGAGUACAUCCAACAAGGUAGCAAAGCAGCCUCACACAGGUCAAGCCAGGGUAUAUAGAAACAGUAUGAUAGAUGCUGUUAAUACUGUGCAACCCAGAGGAGUUCCAAAUGGUACUUACCACGAGAAAGUGGUGAGAAGAAAAAUUCCUGCUGAAAUGAACAACCAUAUGCGUCAUUUGCCUCUAAAGAACUCAGAUCAAGAAAAUUUAGGAAUUCCACCAGCUACAAAGGAGAAAGCCGUUCAUCAUGUAGUACCCUUACAGAAGGCAAAAGCUCGAAGAGUGAAUAAAAGUGAAAUUCCUCGAAGACUGGAUGAUGUACUGACCAGAAGAAAUGGAACGCUGAACAAGUUGGGAAGACCACCAAAACAAUCCAUUUUGGAGCAAGUAACACAUAAAACUGAUGAAAAAGUUGGUGGCUACAAUGGAGCAGAAAGUAGAGUGAGCAGGUUGAAACAAAAAGAGCCACGCAUUGGCAAAUCCAACAAAUCAACAGAAAGUACUCGAUCAGUACAUUUGGUAGAAAACCUACAGAAAAUAGCUGAGGCUCCAACUUUCCGUGAUAACAAAGUAGAAGAGUUUCGAAGCCUCGAAGAGCCCCAAACUCUAGUUCCACAUGACAGCUGUCAAGACUCGGUCUCAGUAUUACCCAACGAAAAUCAACAAGCUCAAGCACCAGUCUUUGAAGCUGAUGAGUGCAUCACAGCACCAAAUGCACUUAAUGUUGCAGGAACCCAAUCAACCCAUGAAGACACAUUGGGACUUUCACCCAAAGUGCAACAACAGAAGCCUAUCAAAUGGAGAAAACAAGAGCCACUUACAGAGAGUGAAACCUAUCUGAAGCAGAUAGUGAUCAAGAGCCAAGUGUUCCUCAACACAGCAGAAGCACUCUUCAGACUCGAAAUCCCUUUCGGAAUUCUCGACGCUAGUAGCAGCAACUACGACCAUGAUGACUACAACUGCAACAUUAAGCUCACACUGGACUGCAGCUACGAAAUAAUGAAGAGAAAAGGGAAGAGGCAGGAGCUGGCAGUGCACCCCAAUUUUGUGAAGGUGUCAAUAAGCUUUGUAAAGGUUGAGUCUUUGGAUGAGCUGGUUAGGGAGUUGAGUAGAGACAUUGAUGAAGUGAGAGUGUAUGGGAAGAAUGGGAAGCUGGAAUGUGGGGUUGAAGAGUAUGUGCCUAGGAUGUUGGAAUUGGAUGUGAAUAACAGGGAGCCUGAUUUGAAUUGUAUGUGGGAUUUGGGUUGGGAUGUGAAUGUGUUUGGGUUUGUUGAAGUAGAUGAAGUUGUUAGGGAUUUGGAGAGGCUUGUGUUCAGUGGACUUAUUGAUGAGCUUGCCAGAGACCUGUUUCAUUUGUGAGAGAGUCACUAUAUAUACUGGGCAGCAAUCCAUUGCUGUGUAUUUGGAUUUGUAUACAUUGAUUUUGUAAUUGUCAAUAGCAGUAAGGGACUAGGGAUUCGA